AUGCCCGAAGACGAUGAAGCAAUUGCAUUGGAAGAGUACACCGUUGGCUGGCUCUGCGCUCUUCCUCUAGAGAUGGCCGCUGCCAAGGGCAUGUUGGAACGAAUCCACCCAGACCUCUCUCAGCAAGAUCCCUAG